AUGCGGGCGGUCCUUGCCCUGCUUGCUCUGGUCGGUAGCCUGCUCCUCUUCCUGUGCUUGGCGCGGCUCCCGGCCGACGGCGCCGGGGGCGCAAGACCAAUUCUUAAUACAGCCAGAGUGCAGAAAUCUGAGCAAGCCGCAAAAUGCAAGGAUAUAUGGAGUAACAAUUGGUCAUCAUCGAUCAAGAAGAAAAGAUAUUCUGAAGAUUAUUAUUUGCAAAUAGUUGGUAAACUACAGAACUGUACCUGGAAUAGAAGGCCACAAGAAUAUGCCAAAUUCAGGGCAGAGCUUGCUUCAUGCUGCGAUGCUAUGCAUAAUUUUAUUGCUUCUCAAAAAAAUACCCCAUUGGGAAGCAACAUGACUUAUGAAGUGGACAAUAAAAAAACCAUCCACAUUACAGAGGACAUAUUCCAGAUGUUACCAGAGUCUCAACCUCUGGAUUUUCCUUUCAAGCAGUGUGCAGUUGUUGGAAAUGGAGGAAAUCUUAAGAGUUCCAAUUGUGGAGCUGAAAUUGAUAAAUCUGACUUUGUGUUUCGGUGCAAUCUUCCCCCAACCAGCGGAAGUGUCAGUCAAGAUGUCGGCAAUAAGACAAACCUUGUAACUGUUAACCCAAGCAUUAUAGCUCAGAAAUAUAACAAACUGAAUGACCAGAAGGCCACCUUCCUGGAAAACAUUUCAAGUUAUGGAGAAGCUUUCCUCCUACUGCCCGCUUUUUCCUUUAGAAGCAACACAGCAGCAUCUUUCAAAGUGCAUCACACCCUGAAAGAGUUCAGUGCGAAGCAGAAGGCUAUAUUUUUCUAUCCGAGGUAUCUCAAAAGUCUUGCCCAGUUCUGGAGAACUAAGGGUGUCAAAGCCUACCGACUGUCUUCCGGCUUCAUGAUCACCAGCGCAGCAAUGGAACUCUGUGAGAAUGUGAAGCUGUAUGGUUUUUGGCCUUUCUCCAAAAGCAUAGCAGGUAUUCCCAUAAAUCAUCACUACUAUGACAACCAACUUCCAAAGCCAGGUUUCCAUGCCAUGCCCAAAGAGUAUAACCAGAUACUCCAGCUCCAUGGAAGAGGUAUCCUGAAGUUGCAAUUUGGCAAAUGUUUGACAGAGUAG